AUUGACUCACGGUCAGGGAUCCGACUGAUGAUUUGCAGACAAUAUGCACGCUACAGCAUGCAUCGAUGAUCAGGCGGUGAAGCACGUCGAAUGGUUUUCCUUCCAAUUCUCUAUGUUCUCUUUUUUUUUUUUUUGGCAAUAGUUCUCUGGUCCGAGGGGAAUGCCUUGUGCUACUGCUACCCUAACACACGCCCAAAUAUAUGUCCAGGAGCAUCUACGAUAAGUGGGCGGAAAAGGAAAUUUAUGAGCACAUUAAUUCUGGUCUGUUGCUGUUCUGGAACGUGUCCGUGGAACGCAGUAGAAGCAGGAGUGGGAGUGAGAAGUGAACAGUUAAACUACGCCGGUGGGUUUAGAACUUCCACUUGCACGAUCCACGUUUCGUUUGGCUCUUCCAGUUGGGCAUUAGUUAUGGCCUGGCCCCCUGUGUGGUGGCUUGUCUCCUCGUCUCGGGCUAUAAACUUAGCGGGCUAGGGCUGGAUGGGGGCGAUGAGGUAGCUCCGCCCGCCUGUUGGAUCCCACCGGCUGUUGCCUACCGUUUUACCGCACUUUCCCCAAAUCACACUUGGGCGAUGACUGAAUAAUACACCGCCCUUGGGAUCCAAAAGGUUCGAUGGCCGGACAUGCCGCCCCGGUUGGGUUUUGGGUUCGUCAAAGGGUGAACCGUUGGUGCGGAUACCGACCUAGUGUCUCA